GUAACCGAACUACCUUUCCUUCCCCCCAAAACCCUCCUCCUCCGGUUCCUCCGGUUUGUUAGCUAACGCCGAAACCAACCGUCCUGGCGUUCCUUUCUUAUCUAACACUCUACCGUUUCUCUCACAUUCUCUACCAAUUCCACCCACCACCCCCUCUUUCUUUUCUCUUUUCUCGAUGGCUGAAGAUAACUCCGCCCCGCUAAUAUAUCUCCAUGGUGAUCUUGAUCUCACCAUCCUCGAAGCUCGAUGUCUUCCCAAUAUGGACUUGGUAUCCGAGCGCAUUCGUCGUUUCUUCACCGCGUUCGAAUCCUGCCGCAACCCCUUCGCCGCCAAGAAAAACCACCAUCACCACCGCAAUAUAAUCACCAGCGACCCUUACGUUACGGUUUGCCUGGCAGGCGCUACGGUUGCGCGUACGCGCGUCAUCUCCAACUGCCAAUCUCCUGUCUGGAACGAACAUUUUAAAAUCCCUCUCGCUCAUCCCGUUUCCCAUAUUGAGUUUUACGUAAAGGAUAAUGACAUGUUCGGUGCUGAUUUGAUCGGAGUCGCCACCGUACCGGCAGCCAAGAUCAAAUCGGGGGAUACCGUCAGCGAUUGGUUUCCGAUAAUUGGGCCGUAUGGUAAACCUCCCAAACCGGAAGCUGCGGUCCGAAUGGAAAUGAAGUUCACGCCGUGUGAGAAGAAUCCGCUUUACAUGUAUGGCAUUGCGGCGAAUCCGGUUCAGUUCGGGGUGGCGGACUCGUAUUUUCCGGUAAGGCACGGGGGUUCAGUGACGUUGUACCAGGACGCUCACGUGCCGGAAGGGAUGUUGCCGAAGAUUGACAUGGAGGGUGGCAGAAUGUUCAAGCACGAGAGAUGCUGGGAGGAUAUCUGCCACGCUAUCCUGGAGGCACACCACUUAGUCUACGUCGUGGGCUGGUCAAUCUAUCACAAGGUCAAGCUGGUGAGGGAGCCCACCAGGCCGUUGCCUAGUGGUGGCAAAUUGACCCUUGGGGAGUUACUCAAGUACAAAUCUCAGGAGGGCGUCAGGGUAUUGUUGUUGGUGUGGGAUGAUAAGACCUCGCACAGUAAAUUCUUCAUUAACACGGCAGGAGUUAUGCAGACUCAUGACGAAGAAACCCGCAAGUUUUUCAAGCACUCCUCUGUUUCGUGCGUGCUGUCACCUCGUUAUGCUAGCAGUAAGCUUAGCAUUUUCAAGCAACAGGUUGUUGGAACUCUCUUUACACAUCAUCAAAAAUGUGUGCUUGUAGAUACGCAAGCAUCAGGAAACAACCGGAAGGUUACUGCUUUUAUUGGAGGUCUGGACCUUUGUGAUGGCCGCUAUGAUACACCCGAACAUCGACUCUUUCGGGAUCUUGACACCGUGUUUGAGAGUGAUUAUCACAACCCAACAUUUUCUGCAGGAACCAAGGGCCCAAGGCAGCCCUGGCACGAUCUGCAUUGCAAGGUCGAAGGUCCUGCUGCAUACGAUAUUCUUACAAACUUCGAGCAGCGUUGGAGGAAAGCCACGAAAUGGUCAGAGCUCGGACGGAAAUUCAAAAGAGUAACCCACUGGCAUGACGAUGCUUUAAUAAAGUUGGAACGAAUCUCAUGGAUACUUAGUCCUUCCCAAUCAAUUCGAAAUGAUGAUCCGGCACUAUGGGUUUCCAAGGAAGAUGAUCCCGAAAACUGGCAUGUUCAGGUUUUCCGAUCUAUAGACUCAGGAUCUCUGAAAGGAUUUCCUAAAGAUGUUUUUCAAGCUGAAGCACAGAAUCUUGUUUGUGCCAAGAAUUUGGUGAUUGAUAAGAGCAUUCAAACAGCAUAUAUCCAAGCAAUCAGAUCCGCACAGCACUUUAUAUACAUCGAGAACCAGUAUUUCCUUGGAUCUUCUUAUGCAUGGCCAGCUUACAAAGAAGCAGGCGCUGAUAAUAUAAUUCCUAUGGAAUUGGCAUUGAAGAUUGUUAGUAAGAUAAGAGCAAAGGAAAGGUUUGCAGUUUACAUCGUUGUACCAAUGUGGCCUGAAGGUGUCCCUUCCUCUGCCUCUGUGCAAGAAAUUCUAUUUUGGCAGGGACAAACAAUGCAAAUGAUGUAUGAAAUAAUAGCUCAAGAGCUGAAAGCUAUGCAUCUCGAGGAUUUACAUCCACAAGACUAUCUAAAUUUCUACUGCCUUGGAAAUCGAGAGGAAAUUCCAGAAGAAAUGUGUAGAACUAGCAAACCACUUGGUAACAGCGACGUGGUUUCAGCUUCACAAAAGUUUCAGCGCUUUAUGAUUUAUGUGCAUGCAAAGGGAAUGAUAGUUGAUGAUGAAUAUGUUAUAUUGGGGUCAGCCAAUAUAAACCAGCGCUCUUUGGCUGGUUCAAGAGACACAGAGAUUGCCAUGGGCGCAUAUCAACCCCAACAUACAUGGGGUCAGAAGAAAAGGCAUCCACGUGGCCAGGUUUACGGGUACCGCAUGUCACUGUGGGCAGAACACACGGGGAUGGUGGAUGAUCUGUUCAAGGAGCCUGAAAGUUUGGCCUGUGUAAGGAGUGUGAACAGGAUCGGUGAAGAUAACUGGGAAAAGUUCACCUCCAAUGACUUUUCAAAAUUGCAGGGGCACCUUUUCAAAUACCCACUAGCGGUAGAUAAAAGUGGCAAAGUAAGUCCUUUGCCUGGAUUUGAAACAUUUCCUGAUGUUGGUGGUAAGGUACUAGGAGCUCGCACAACCCUUCCUGAUGCUCUCAGUACUUAGGCUCUAAGUUUCUCCAGUCUGAACGAUGAUUGGAAUUCCAUUUCAUCCAAAUUGUAAAGAGGGGCAAAUUAUUGUCUCGUAGAAGAAACAUUUGUCUGGUGACACCUACCGAAAGGACGCAAGGGUCUUUCCCAUUGUAAUGUGUACAUUAUGUACAACUGGUAAAGUAUAUUGUAAUAUCUCAACCUUAACCCAUAAAGAGUAAUGUGGGUAUGCAAGGCUCAUAAAAUUAAUAGAUUUUAUGACAUGUUAACUUAACUCAGGACUUGUUGCUAAUUUUCUUCUUCUUAAUGACUACUUGAAGAAAAAAUAAGUUGCCCGUCACUUACAAAAAAAAAAAAAAAAGUUAA